CUCACCGACUUUGAAUCUCGCCUACCGUUUUUUAAUAACUUUUCCGAUCAAAUCAUUCAUUCUUCAUCAAAACGACAUCCUUUACAAUUUACAGACACAAACACAUAUACGUACACGAAUCUAUAUCUAUAUAUCGUUAUUUCUAUCUCUACACAACACAGCUUUUAAUCCUCCAAAACCCUAACCCUAAAAAAUCACCAUGUUACUAUCUCCCGGCCACUCCCCCCGCCGUCUAUCAUCUCCGUCACCGUCACCGGCGCCGUCAGUUUCUCAAACUCCGAUCGCCGGAUCAUCAAGUUCAAUUACAAAUUCAAACCCUAGAAAACGAAAUUCAUCAUCAUCAUCAUCAACGGUGCUCGAUGAAGACACGUAUGUUGCCGCAAUUGAAAAGAUCAUCGAACGUGAUUUCUUUCCGGAUAUUCCGAAGCUCCGGGACCGGCUCGAUUGGCUCGAAGCGACCCGGUCGGGUGACCCGAUGCUUAUUCGUGAUGCGCAGUUGAAGAUUAUCGAAAGACGAGCUGGAAAGACUCCGGUAUCGAAUACGGAAGGUAAAAUUCGCACGCCUGGUAGUACUUUUUUUAGAAAUGAUACGCCUUUAGAUAUCGAUAGGACCCCGGGUUUUGAUAAGAAUGUGAAUAGUGAGUUUGUGAGUGUUGUGAAGGAUUUGGGUAGGGAUGAUAGUGGGAAUGUGGGUGGGUCGGAUUUAGAUGAGUUGACGCUUGACGCGUUUUUUAGAAGGUAUACGAGUGAGGAUAACGAUAGUUUUUCGAAGUUGAUUGAGAAAGUUAAUAAGAGGAAGAAGGAAAGGUAUGAUUUUUUGUUGGAAGGGGAGAAACGGGAGACAGGUGGGUUGAUUGAGGAUGUGAAAAAGGAUAGGAUUACGGAUGGGUAUGGGACGUCGGGUCAGCCUUUAGCUAGUUUGGAUGGAUGGAAGUAUACUGCAAAGAAUUUGUUGAUGUAUCAUCCUGCGGAUAGAGGUGAGGUAGCGUUGACUCAGGAGGAGUUGGCGAAUAGGAUGAAAGGGAUGACGAAGGAGAUUAGUAAGACGAAUACUAGGUUUCAUGGAAAGAUGAUGGAUUCUAGGCCGAAAGAGGAUGAUGUGAUAUCGGUUCUUUAUAAUACGGUUGCUAGUGGGACGCCGGUUCCAUGGUCGGAUAGAGAUGGUGAUAAGAUGAAGAGGUAUGAUUUGGAGGAUUUGAAGAAGACACCGAAUCAGUUUUAUGUGGAAAGUAAUAAGAAGGCAGAUAAUGGGUAUAGUUUUGUAAAGACACCGUCGCCUGCGCCGGGAGUGGAUGAAUCACCGUUUAUUACAUGGGGAGAGAUUGAAGGGACGCCGUUGAGGUUGGAACCUGAAGACACACCUAUUGAUAUUGGGGGUAGUGGAAACGGGCCGCAGUUUAAUAUUCCUCUUCCACCUACAAGAGAUUUGAAGGCGCAUUCUUUGUCUCGGGAGGCUGCUAGAAAAAUCAGGGAUCGGUCUAAAAUGUUCCAGAAACCGCCACUGCCAUCCGUAGCUAGAGGAGGCAGUGCUAGUCCAGGUGCCCGGACCCUUUCCCCUGCUGCUCAGAAGUUUGUCAGAAAUGCAAUUGCCAAGUCUUCUCAUUCUGCUACUGUUGAUGAAUCACUCCGUGCAAGUUAUCGUGGGUCAAGUCCUGGGAUGGGGACACCAAAAGCUGCAAGAAGCACAUCAAGGUUAGGAAGAGAUGGGAGUAUGACUUCAAGGUCACCAUCUGUUAGGGACGGCUCUAAUCCUCCUUGGUAAUAGCAUGAAUAUUUUCAUUUUGUCUGAUGAUUAAAGCUUUUGACAAUGUAUUUAUUGUGGAACCAUGUUGCCUGUGGUUUUAUACUGUCCAAUAGGUUUGCAUAACUGCUUAAGUAUGAUAUAGUUAUCUAUCAUACUUUCGUAAGGCAAUCUGUAAUUGAAUCCACUUGUUGGUACUUAAUACUCGUGUAAUAUAUUCACAUCUGUUUCAUUGCUUUUAUU